AAUUUUUUCUCAUUCUCACUAAUCAUUUUCAUCGUUAGCUUUGCAAAGUGCCUAGACUACAAUGAUCACUUGCUGUGCAAAACGCAGUUGAUGAGCCGCUGCUGCCACUGUUUCUUUUAGCCAAAGUUCUUAUUCUUCGUGUUCUAAUAAUAAAAGUUUUUAAUUACAGUUCACUUUAAUUUACUGUAUCUCGGUUUUUUAGUACCGUUACGUUGUAUAAUAUUUAAUGACUUUAACCAAACACUAUGAAUAAUAUUACAAAAAGUACUAUUUAGUGUCCUAAAAUGUAAAAUAAUUUUCUUUUAUCAUUCACAGACUUCAUCCACUUUUACAGAAAGGGAAGCAGAGCUGGACAAGUCAGAAGUUUUGUAAGUCAUAAGUCAAGUCAUCCCUUGAAGGUUUUUCCGCCAAGUGAAGUCAAGUCUGGUUACAAUUAGGCAGAACAUAAAAUUUGCUAGAAGCUUUUGGGUGAGAGAGUUUUUAUAGUCUCAGAAACUCUCUCUUUUUCAUGGGAGAAAAAGUCUAAUUUAAACAAAAAUCUCUUACUAAAAAUGACUUGACUUGAAAAAAUUUCUCAAGUCAAGCCAGUCACACUCUCUAGGCAGCUCAGAAAGCCAAAUACUGAAGACAUCCGUAAAGCCGUCAAGUAGAAAUUGUACUGACUGUUUGUGAGGGUUGUGCGCAUCUUUAACUUUCAGCCUUCUCGAACCUCGUUUCGUGAAAAAUUCAAUCGAAUUAUAAUUUUCUGGGAGAAAUAUUUAUAUCUCACAAAACCGCAUACUAAUCCAAAGGAUGAAUUGAGUUUACAAGUGGCCAUUGAGGCCAUUUUUCAGUUGUUUUUGGACAAACAAUACACAAUAUCUAAAUGGCGAUGUGAACUUGACGAAUAUCUCUCAACACACAUUCAUCCAGUGUUAGUCGGUCCUGAUCGUACGAACGACAUUCACACUAAACUCCGACGUCGUGCCCGUGUUAUAAAUUAUGCCAUCCGCGACUGUCAAGCCGUUACACAACUUGUUAAAUAUAUGAAUGAACAUCCGGCGAGGCGUGCAUCUCCACCACAACGUAUCGUUGAACUCAUUGACCACCUUUCAUCCUUUACGACACAAGACUCCGCAUUACCACCAUCACUUACACAACACUCACUACUCGAACCCAAGCAAAAACGACCCAAUUUUUUGGGUUAUUUAUCUAGAUUCAGCUCCACGUACAUCUAG